AUGGCCAGGAAUCUACAAUCGCAGCUUUUCAAUGCUCUCGUCAUGCAGACAAUCUUCCCAUUUGCUCUAAUGCAUUUUCCAGCAUCGUUCCUUUUCGUCGCACCGCUUUUCGACACCAACUUCGAGUUCGCCAGCAAUCUUGUGAACAUCACGCUGGCGAUCUAUCCAGCCAUCGAUCCGCUCCCAACAAUCUUCAUCGUCAAAAGCUACCGAAAUGCAGCCAUCGGAUAUGCGAAGAAUCUGCUCAAAUUGCCGAAGCCAUCAUUCAACUCGACCAAUAUUCCAAGGCCCAGCUCAUUGUUCGCACUAUGA